CCUAGUGGCUGUCAACUGAAGCCACGCACAAAGUGAGACUCAGCUGGCUGCACAAGCUUGUUUUGCUGUGAUGUCUUCUUCCUUGCGUGUGCUGUAUUUCUCACCUAGGCCAGGCACAUUUGGAGUCAGUCCUGGUUUGGUCCGUCACUUCAGCCUCAGUGUGCAGAGAGAGGCCUACAAGUAUGUCAACAAUCAAGAACAGCCCACAGAUAUGAAGUCCAUCACAGACAGAGCUGCACAGACACUCCUGUGGACUGAGCUCUUCAGAGGUUUGGGAAUGACUAUGAGCUACCUGUUCCGUGAGCCUGCCACCAUCAACUAUCCGUUUGAGAAAGGUCCCCUGUCUCCACGUUUCCGUGGCGAGCACGCCUUGCGCCGUUACCCUAGCGGAGAGGAACGCUGCAUUGCCUGCAAGUUGUGUGAGGCCAUCUGCCCUGCACAGGCUAUCACCAUCGAGGCAGAGACGCGUGCUGAUGGUAGCCGCAGGACCACCCGCUACGACAUCGACAUGACCAAGUGCAUCUACUGCGGCUUCUGCCAGGAAGCCUGUCCUGUUGACGCCAUUGUGGAGGGACCAAAUUUUGAGUUCUCCACUGAGACCCACGAGGAGCUGCUGUACAACAAGGAGAAGCUUCUCAACAAUGGAGACCGAUGGGAGGCUGAGAUUGCUGCCAACAUCCAGUCAGACUACCUUUACAGAUAGACACAGGAACAUACCCGUGUCAUACUGGAAAAUGACUUGGCUUUUUAGUAUCUCAGAAAUCGCUACUGUUAAGAGAAUAACAAUAAUUAACUCAACAGCAGACCAAUAGAGCCAGCAUGCACGGGCAUAUAAACACGCACAAAUGUACAAGCGCACAAAUAUGCAGUAUUAAUUAUAUUGAAAAGAUGUGGAUUGAAUCUGAGGGAAUGAAUGCUGUGUCCAAGUGAUGUAUUUUGGUAACUCCUGAAAUAAGAAAUAGUAAAGAGUAGGCCUAAUCUGAAUAAAUGUCAAGUCUCUUGAAAUAUGAAGAACA